ACACCACACACACUCUUUCGUCACAACAAAACCAGAGAGAGACUCAGUGACUGAGAGUGCAGAAAAUGGUGGUGGCUCGCGACAUAGACGAUUUUCCCAAGAACGAUGCCAACUACACUUCCUUAACACCGCUCUGGUUCCUGGAAAGAGCUGCUCUGGUGCACCCCACCAGACCAUCGGUGGUGCAUGGAUCACGCCGCUACACGUGGCAACAGACUUACCACCAUUGCCGUCGUUUCGCCUCCGCUCUUUCUAACCGUUCCAUCGGUCCCGGCAACACUGUAGCUGUUAUUGCACCUAAUGUUCCAGCCCUCUAUGAAGCUCAUUUUGGAAUUCCAAUGGCAGGAGCUGUGCUGAACACUGUUAAUAUUCGGUUAAAUGCAUCAACAAUAGCAUUUCUUCUUGGUCAUUCAUCAGCAGCAGUGGUGAUUGUGGAUCAAGAGUUCUUUUCCUUGGCAGAAGAGGCUUUGAAAAUCUUGUCUGAGAAAAGCAAAAGCUUCAAACCUCCAAUUUUAAUUGUCAUUGGUGACGAAAACUGCGACCCUAAGGCGCUCAGAGAUGCUUUGGACAAAGGAGCCAUUGAAUAUGAGAAGUUUCUUGAGAGUGGCGAUCCUGAAUAUGCGUGGAAACCUCCCGAGGAUGAGUGGCAGAGCAUUGCUUUGGGUUACACAUCUGGUACAACUGCUAGUCCUAAAGGUGUGGUAUUACACCACCGAGGGGCAUAUCUUAUGGCUCUAAGUGGAGCUCUAAUUUGGGGGAUGAAUGAAGGUGCUAUAUACCUGUGGACACUACCCAUGUUUCAUUGCAAUGGCUGGUGUUAUCCUUGGACACUUGCAGCUCUUUGUGGGACAAACAUCUGUCUCCGGCAGGUAACAGCUAAGGCAGUAUAUGCAGCCAUUUCCCAGUACAAAGUGACUCAUUUUUGUGCAGCACCAGUGGUGCUUAAUUCAAUAGCCAAUGCCUCUCCUGAGGAAGCUAUCCUUCCUCUACCUCAUGUUGUAAACGUUAAUACAGCCGGGGCAGCUCCUCCUCCAUCUGUGAUUGCCGCCAUGUCAAAACUAGGAUUUCGCGUAACUCACACUUACGGUCUCUCAGAAACUUAUGGCCCCUCCACGGUAUGUGCCUGGAAGCCAGAGUGGGAGACACUCCCUCCUGAACAGCAAGCUAAGCUCAAUGCAAGGCAAGGGGUGCGGUACAUUGGCUUGGAAGGCCUAGAGGUUAUGAACACAAAAACUAUGCAACCCGUCCCGUCUGAUGGUGCUACCGUUGGUGAAAUCGUGAUGCGGGGUAAUCUCGUGAUGAAAGGAUACUUAAAGAACCCUAAAGCUAAUGAGGAAAGUUUUGCAAAUGGAUGGUAUCAUUCUGGUGAUCUUGCUGUGAAGCACCCUGAUGGGUAUAUAGAGAUUAAAGACAGGUCAAAGGACAUCAUCAUCUCUGGUGCUGAGAAUAUCAGCAGUGUUGAAAUAGAGAAUGCUCUGUACUCUCAUCCUGCAAUACUGGAAGCUGCAGUGGUUGCUAGGCCAGAUGAGAAAUGGGGUGAGUCUCCCUGUGCUUUUGUGACACUGAAGCAGGGAGUGGAUAGUAGUAAUGAGAAGCGUCUGGCUGAAGAUGUAAUUAAGUUCUGCAGGUCCAAAAUGCCUGCUUAUUGGGUCCCAAAAUCAAUUGUGUUUGGACCGUUGCCAAAGACUGCUACUGGGAAAACGCAGAAGCAUUUGCUCAGGGCCAAGGCAAAAGAGAUGGGGCCUGUCGGGGUGAGCAAGUUGUAACCAUGUUUACAUUGUGUUAGUAUGUCUGUCGGCCUACAUUUUGAGGCAGUUUGAAUGUGCUUUCGGCUAAUUCAUAUCUCUUGUAUCAUCAAGUGAAUGUGCUUUUGGUCAACUUAAACAUAAAUACAAACGCCGCUGCUGGUUGAUGGCCCCAGGACACAUUGUGACUAGGAUCGUUCUUAAUAUUGUUUAAUACAUAUUAGAAAAUAAACUUUAUUGCAUGUUGGAAA